AUGACAGGGACGCCGGAUGUAAGUGUCUUUGGUUUACUUGUCUACCACCCUAAAACCACCCCCUUUUUCCCCUGCAUCCUAGAUACUAUCUAUAUGUAUAUUUCUGCAUGUAUCGUCUUGGGGUUUCCGUUUGACACGCAGUCCUUGACCAACAGUAUCACGGACUAUCCGGUCGAGAAUGGGAGGCGAUACCAUAAAUAUCAUGAGGGUGCCUACAUCUAUCCAAACGAUGAGCAGGAGCUCGACAGGAUGGACAUGCAGCAUCACCUCCUGAAGACAAUCCAUGGUGGACGAAUCUUCUUUGCCCCUAUCGACGAUCCAGCAAGAAUCCUGGAUAUCGGAACUGGUUCUGGCAUCUGGCCAAUUGAGAUGGCUUCCAUUUUCCCUGGAGCACAUAUCACAGGCACGGAUCUCUCACCAGUUCAACCGACGGAAGUCCCGGAAAACGUCCAUUUCCUCGUCGACGACGCUACGGAAAGAGACUGGCUAUGGAACCCUAAUCAUUUCGAUUUGAUCCAUACAGCCAUGAUGACUGGAUCGCUCCUGUCGUUUAAAGAUAUCAUGCGGAAAGCCCUCAUCCAUCUUAAACCAGGAGGCUAUCUCGAAUGCCACGAGGUUGACCCCAAGCCUCUGUGUGACGAUGGUACGAUGCCUCCUGAGAAUCCCGAAGGCCAUAGUGAGUACGCCUUCCAUGACUGGUUCGACUACAACGUGCGCUCGAGUCGCCUUUCCGAUCCACCACGACAGUUCCGGAUAGCCCACCGUCUCGCUCAAUGGAUGAGAGAGACGGGGUUCGUUGACGUCCAGGAACGGAUCGUCAAGAUCCCCUUGAACCCAUGGCCGGAGGAUCCGGAACAGAGAAAGAUUGGCACAUGGUGGGAAGCCAACUGGCUCGAUGCACUCUCUGCAUGGUCCUACAAACCGUUCCUGGCUCUGGGGUGGUCGAAACCUGAGAUCGAAGUCUUCCUUGUCGAUGUCAGGAGGAGCAUCCAAAAUACCAAUGUGCAUGCCUACAACAACUUUUAUGUGAUUACAGGAAGGAAACCCUUCCCGGGGGAGCAGCAACCAGAACAACAGCAGCAGCAGCAGCAGCGACGCUCAUGA